AUGGUCUAUGAGGAGGCUACGGCACCUUGCAUUCUUGACGCAGGUAAUUUGGAGGAACUUGCUUGCCCAGUGGCUGACUGCUACGAAAGAGCGCGCAUUUGUUUCCUCGAGUGCCAAUUACACAUCAAACUAAUUGUUAUCAUGAGUCCCACGAGUACACCUUUGCAUAACCAAGUAAUUUGGAAUCAAGUCAAAACAGCAGCUGUUCUGCCAGAUAUAUUUUGUGGCUCCCAACUAGCUUCAGGGCACCAUGCAUGGUUAAAGAGGAAGUUGCAAUAUUCCGUGGUCGUUACUGAUCGCGAGUACCUGAUAACCUGGCGGUCAAAUAUCCUGUAUUAUCAAAAGAUUGUGUACACGAAGGCUUUGAAGAUGCCCCCGCCACCACCCUAA